AUGAGGUUUACAGCAUUUCUAACCGUGUUGACUUUGGCUGCAACUGUCAAUGCAGCAGUCAUUUUACAUGAUACGACAACUCUGUCACAACACUUGUCAAAACGUAGUCCUGGCAAAGACUUUGAAAAGAAAGUGGGUGAUUCCGACUCAAGCGAUGGAAAUCAGUCAGGUCACGGAGGAUAUACGAAUUUUGGAUUUGUGGAUGGAGAUGGAGAACCUCGUGAAGAUUUAAAAAGUGAGGAAUCAACGGAAAAGAGCAUCGAGGAAUUGGAAGAAGAUUUAAAGGUUGCCAAGCAUACCAUGAAGGUUGAGUGCGAGAAAUAUCUAAAUCAAAAGGUACUACUCAUGAACCAAAAGACACGUUUGUUUGGCGGGCCUAUGCCUUCCGAAACAUCUCACCACUCGUUUGAAUCCCAUAAAAACCGAAUGUCGGCGCUUACAAAAGAGAUGAAAGAAGAAAUGAUUGAGCUGAAAAAAGUUUGCAAGACUGCAAAACAGAAUGUAAAGGACAUAAAGGAAACAAUAAAAAAGCUCAAGCCUCCGAAGCCAAGCAAGUUUUCACAAUUCAAGAACAUGUUCAUGUAA